AGUAGGAGUGUAUUGCUUCGAGGUCUACUCUUCUGGCAUCGGAAAGCGGCGAUUUUCACGGAAAGUGUUAUCGGGAUUUCUUGUUUCCUGAGAAAAUCUCCUGUCGGAGGGUAUUCCAAUUCGAGGUUGUCGGACCCUCUCGGCACAUUUUAGCUUCUCCAUAACUCCACAGUUCUGGGUUUUAAUUUUUUACUGAAGUAUGCCAAUGUAUGAGGAUUUAGGAUUGAAUCUCUUGUUCAUUUAGUGAGUUUUGUCUGAAUCUCCUUGGAAAGCUCUGGAAAAUCAUGCUGGUACUUGGUAUUCAUUCAGCUAACAUCCAUUGAAAAAAGCUGAAGAUUUGUAUGGAGGUCUUGACAGGGUAGAUCAAAUUUCAAACGUAGACCCCUGAGAUUUCCAUGCACAGGGGCUCUAGAAACCCUAGGAUUCAAUAUAUUUUAGUUAAUUUUCAGGGUUUCGGAGUCCUUCCAAAGUCCCAAAGCCACCACCAAGCUCUUUUCCACUAUUUCUGUUUCUCACUUUUGUAAGUAGUGCUUCAAAUUUCAGUUUCCUGUGUUUGAACCAGUAACUUAACUCAGAGAAUCCAUAUCAGAUACUCGCUAACCUGUUCUGCAUGCAUUAAACUCUCUCCCAUACAGUUGUCAUCCCGGUUUUUUCUUUUUCUUUUUCUUGUUUUCAUCUAUCCGGGCUCUAUAAAUCCCCAGCCGGCUUCACUGCCUUGCAUUCACUCAAAACAAGCUCUCAUAGCAGUGUAUACUCAAUACUCUGUUUUCGUGCUCUAUUUCUUUCAUUACUCUGUUUUCCUUGACGGUUUCUUUCAAUACUCUGUUUUCCUCUAAUCCGAUGGCUUUAAUCACUAGUGUUUUGUCGAUGAGGAACUUGUUCGUGUUAUCUCUGGCUUUAAAUGUCAGCUUGAUUCUACGGACUAUGUACGAGAGGGAACAGAGCCAUCAUUGGCUCAGUCUCGAAACUCAGAAAGGCCAAGCUGUCCAGGAGACGCGUUUGGCAUUGUCGCCUACUUCCUCGUCCUCUGCAGCUACUACUCAAGUUAACACUCAAGAUGGCGGGGAGAAAAUUCUCAAUCUCGCCCGCGGUGAUCCAACCAUGUUUGAAAAAUACUGGCGACAAAUGGGUGACAAAGCCACGGUGGUGAUCCCGGGAUGGCAGCAUAUUAGCUACUUUUCUGAUGUGACCAACAUUUGCUGGUUUUUAGAGCCCAAGUUUGCCAAAGAGGUAGAAAGGGUACAUAAAGCUGUGGGAAAUGCUGUGACAGAAGGUCGUCACAUUGUUGUUGGUACAGGUUCAUCCCAGCUUUAUUUAGCUGCUCUAUAUGCUUUAUCUGCACAUGAUUUAACUGAACCAGUAAGUGUGGUAUCUGAAGCCCCCUACUAUUCGUCCUACCCAUCUAUGACGGAUUGCCUCAAGUCAGGCCUAUACAAAUGGAUGGGAGAUGCGCGGAGCUUCAAUAAAGAGGGGGCUUAUAUAGAACUUGUCACUUCCCCCAACAACCCUGAUGGUCAUAUUAGGAGAUCUGUGGUCAAUAGAAGUGAGGGUAUAUUGGUUCACGAUCUUGCCUACUACUGGCCACAGUAUACUCCAAUAUCUUCACCCGCAGACCAUGAUCUAAUGCUGUUCACCGUCUCGAAGAGCACCGGUCAUGCAGGGAUGCGGAUUGGUUGGGCUCUUGUUAAGGACCGAGAGAUAGCGAGUAGGAUGACCAAAUUCAUUGAGCUCAACACUAUAGGCGUAUCCAAGGAUUCACAGCUCCGGGCUGCUAAGAUUCUCGAAGUCAUUUCUGAUAGUUCAGAACGUGCUGGCAGCUCUGCAGAAGGUGAAUCCUUCUUUGAGUUCAGCUACAACCUCAUGUCAGAGAGGUGGAAGCUGUUGAGAGAGGCAGUGGAACACAGCGGAAGUUUCAGUCUGCCCGAAUUUCGUCCUGGAUUCUGCACCUUUUUGAACCGGGUCUCGGAGUCUCAACCUGCUUUCGCCUGGAUGAAAUGUGAGAGAGAUAUAGAGGACUGCGAAAGCUUCUUACAAGGCCACAAGAUCUUCACACGAGGAGGGAAGCACUUUGGGGUUGGAACAGAGUACGUAAGGAUAAGCAUGCUUGAUCGAGAUGACAAUUUCCAUCUUCUUGUGAAAAGGCUGUCCGCGAUCCACAUAUGACCCCUAAGCAGGAGGAAAUUUGGGAAGAAAAAAGGGAAGAGGGGGUGGGGAUGGGGGUGGGUGGGUUAAAUAAUGAGCAAUUCAUGUACAUUAUAUUUAUAUAUAUAUAUAUAUAUAUAUCGGAAUCAGUUUAGUCAAAA